AUGGCCUGGCGCCGAAAUGCAGCGGUGUGGACUGCACUUGUAGUCUUUGGUGCGCAGUCCGAUGCCCUGAAGUUGGGCAUCAACUGGGAGACGGGCUUUGAAUCCUCUGGGCUCCAGUGGAAGAGCCCUCUACCAGGAGAGACGGAGAGGUAUUUGAUUGCCAGCUUCCCCAAGGAUUUUAAGAUCAGCUAUGCCAGACUUCCUGAUCCUACAUGGCGGCCGCUGAUCGUCCACAACGUGUCGAACCCUGCAGCCCUGGCUGUCGAUGAGCAGAACAUGAGGUUGUUUGUAGCAGACCCUACAGCCAGCAAAGUCUUCUGGUACAAGUUGAAGGUUCUGCCUAGCAAAUUCCUCGUCACAGAUGGCCUGCAGCACGUUGCUGCGGAGAAUGUGGUCGCCAAAGGCUUGGCUGUGAGCCAGGCAGGGGACCUGUUCAUUUCUGGCCGCACGAUUGCGAGCCCACCCCUCACAGGGCACAGCGCCAUCUACAAGCAGGCAGGCGAUUCUUUGGAAGCUGCUGGGCCACUGAAGCGCCUCUGGACGGCCGGUGAUGGCUCAUGGAUUCCAGCACUGCUCCCGGAUGGAGCUCCGGCAACGUCAGAGCCCAUGAGCCCUUCCACGCCAGAGAUCCAUCAACCUGGACCAGUGGCGGUAGACAUGUUCACCCUCUUCUGGGGCAAUGCCGUCAAGGGCAAUGCCAGUGCAGUGGUGCGUGGUCCGCAAACUGUUCCAGCUCCAUUUCCCGGGGGUGCAGCUGCUCCGAAGUCCAAGGCCAGCGCACAUGCUCUUGCCAACAACUUACAGGCUGUCACAGGCCUGGCGGUCACAGCCUCUGGCAUCUUCUAUGCCGGCCGUCCAGUGCAGGGCCGGCCAGGCAUCUUUGCAUUGAGGAGCGAGGACAGCCUGACUGGCUGUGCUGCGGACGACCACUGUGUGCACCGCGUCGCCCAGGUGUCAAACCCAGUCGACAUGUGCUGGGAUGGUGAUGCGACGCUCUUCGUGGCUGAUGCUGGAAGCGGUGCUGUCGUCUCAGUUCCUUCAAGCACAGCAAGCCGACAUGCAGUGGUGAAGGUUGCCGAUGCACUUGGAAUUCAUGGCAUCGCCAUGUUCGCUGUGCCGAGUGCUACCAAGGCCACUGGCCUCGGCAUGGCUGUGGUCUCGGCGAUGGCCAGCCUGCUGGCCUCCUGGUAG